AUGGUUAAAGCAAAGCAGACUUCGGAGGAAAGACUUCAUAUUUUGCACAAACUUGUGCUUGAUUCUAACUCCUUUUUCGGGUCGAAAGAGCUUGAGAAACUAGCUGAAAAGGCUGGGUAUAGGAGCAUCCAGGCAAAAGAUGCGGUCAAGAUGCUGCUUGAGGAGAAUCUCAUACAGACCGACAAGGUGGCAGGGUCUUCAGUAUUCUGGGAGCUCAGAAGCCAAGCAUACGCUCAACAGGAUGCAGAACUACAAAGCUUACGGUUAGCUAUUAGAGCCCGCAACGAACAGGACGUAGAGCGUUUGGCUCAAGUGGAUGCGUUGCAACAACGCCUCCAGAAGCUCCAAGAGGAGGCGCACAGUUUCUCUUUCUGCGAUCCGGAGCGCUUGCGGCAGCUCACCGAGGAGACGGCUUAUGCCUAUGCAGCCGCCGAACGCUGGACCGAUAAUAUAUCCAUCAUUCGGCAGUUCACACGAAGCAGACUGGGCGUCCCAGAAAAUCGAAUCGACGAACUUCUUGACUUGUGA